AUGGAGCUGGAACUCGACAAUUUGCACCGCCAAGUGCAGCAUCUCAAGACCCAAGUGGCUGCUCAACCGACUCCCGGUGGCGACAUGUGGCCCUACGAUUCCAUGGAGGACGUCAACAGCAGCCAGCUCCGCCAGUCCCUCGUGGCGACGGUGCGCAGCCAGCUCCCGUGUAAACCGGAAGAGGCAGCCCGACUAGUGGAGCGGGCCUACCACGCCUAUUCCCUUGAGUUCUACUUGGUGCGGCUAUCGCUGAUCGCAGCCAUGCUUGACCACGUCUACCACGUCGCCAGCCCGGAAACUUACCCGUACGCGCCGCCACCGCCGUUAUACCCCACCCACGACACCGCGGCGAUGUCCCCGUGGCGCCAUUUCCAACAAUUGAGCGCGUAUAUCCUUGCGUUGGUGGCAUUCGGCAAAUUGCUCGAUACUGAAGAACCGGUGGAGAAUAACCGCUACCCGGGCAGCCAGUGCUAUCUCUUGGCAGAACAGUUGUUGCGGGUCAACACUGAGCAUACGACGUUUGUCCACAUCCAGACCGCCCUCGUGCUCGGUCUUUACGCGGCUAAUUUCAACCGGUUCAACACGUGUUAUAACCUCAUUGGGAUUGCGUUACGCCUGGCGGUAGCGUUAAACCUUCACCGUCAUCGUGAAUUGCUACCUACAGCUACCAUUAGCGACCGCGCCGAAGCCGAACGCGCCAAACGUCUCUGGUGGCUGGUGUUUGUCCUCGAUACCAUAUGGCUGAUUAAAACCGUCCAUUUCCAGUAUACUGACACCGACGUCGACUUGCCUCUCGAUAAUGCCAUCAACUUGAAGGAGGACUCGUUUGACAACGGGUUGCUUGAAGAUAACGUCCACUUGGCAAAACAUAUUGCCAAGAUCAGCCGCUUGAUCUAUGGUCCCAACAUCCGCACCUUCUCCGUCAACUACAUCAACCUGGCUGAGUUUACCCAGAAGCAGCUAUUGCUACACAUCUUGAACCUGUUUGAUACGAUGCAAAACGACUUUGAAGAGUGCCACUUGUGGCUCCGCAAACGCCAGCAUAUCCUUGAAGGUGGCAUCCGCGCCGAGGCGAAUUUAUUUCUCCGCUACCACCAAGCUUUAAUCAUUCUUUCAAAACCAAUCUUCCCCUUGCUACACGAGCCAUUGCUCCAGUCGCUCAUUGAGGAAAACCGUCUGAGGAUCGAGUUGUUAACACAAAAGUGCGUGGCCGCCGCCAUCGCCACUAUUGAGAUCAUUACGACUAUUCGCUCCCAGAACUUGCUUUUCAAGCUUGGGUUUUGGGAGGCUCAAUACGUGUUCAUGGCGAUGAUAAUGCUCCUUGUUGCCCGUACUCGCAACAUCAAAAUACCCCUGUUUGUGUACGGGAUGCUGUUGCUCCGCCAUAUGGCUCAUUACCGAAACAUCAACGCCAUCACUUGUCUCAAGAGACUUGAUCAGAUGAUGGAUUUACUUCAAGCUAAUGGAAUGCCAUUGGUACCAGCUUCAGAAACUGACGUCACCCCAGUGGCUCUUGAACAAUAUUGUGGUUACUUACCGUCGACCAUGGUGGUGGACAUGCCUACCCUUGGGUGGUUUGUCCCUAACCCUUGUCCCGGCAAUCACGGAGAGCUUCUUCACCGACUCUUCGCCUUCGAGGAACUUACAUUCUCUAUAGACGGCAACUAG